CAAAACAGUACCAUGAAGAUGACGUCUGGAAAAAAAACGAGAGCAAUAAUAGGCGGUUGAUAAGCGUAAUUCGAUUCGUGGUAACCCUUUCAAGUUGCGAUCAGCUGUUCUCCAAAGCGGCAAAAGAUUUGUUUACAAAAUAUUGUGAAACUUAAAAAACAUUUAAAAAAUGGGAACUUUCGUCGUUAAGUUAAUUCAGCGAACUCAACUGUCCCACAGUCAGAAGGACGUAAAACCCUUUAUUUAUGCGCGGAGCUGUUGGUUGGAUGACGAGGCCGAGUUCGACUUCCUUUCCACGAUUAACAGCCAAAACUACCGAGGAGUUCUCAAAUAUGAGGAGAUUAAAAAUGCAGCUAUCGAUUUGGAGCAACCAUACAAUGAAUUCUUUGACGAGUGCAAGAAGGCACUGACCACCAACAUGGGCCUGCAGGGAUUUGACUAUGAGAUUGACGAGGAAAACGAAAAUCAACUGUCUUUCAAGAUGUUCAAGUGCGAAGGAUUUGAGACUCUGUAUUUAGAUAUUAACCUCCGAAAGGUUUCCAACUGCUUUCAACUACUGGAUUCAGCAAUAGAAAUAAGCCAGCAGCAAGUUCAUGAAGCACCUGCCUCUCAAAGCAGUGACACCCAAAAAAAGGGCCCUGGUUAUUUAGAGUACGAGCAAUAUGUGAAAGAUUCUAAAGCCAAGGAGCUUGAGAUGAUGAACAAAUUUCUGGUGCUUCUCAACAGCAAGAAGGCAUACAUCAGGGAUCUAGAGAGCCAACUGGAGAAGUCAACGAAAAACGAAGAAAAAAGUUCAGACGAUGACGAGGAAGAGGUCUAUGGAGCUGCCACACAGGCCAUGGAUCUAGACACCUUCACAAAAUAAACAAAAUAAUAUUAACUUUAUGCUUGUAUUCUAUUAAAACCACUCAUUUCCGGUAUGUGCUUGAAAUGUAUUUGUUUUUAGUUUCUUUUUUACGAUCGUUCGAUUGUUGUAAAAUAAAUUAUCUUUAUAAAGUAUGUAUAUAUGUAUAAAUAAACAACAAAUAGACAUUACAACGUAAUACAUAAAAUUACCAUCAAUAUGAAUAAAAUUACAAUUAGACAAACAGAA